UGGCAAAGCUGUAAACCUGAACGCCUCCUUCUCUCUUUUUCUUUUUCUCCCCCCCCCCCCCCCUCAAUAGGCCGGAAAUUAAAUAAAAAAUGUUGCUAUAAUGGAGGUACUUGUUUCCUCGGAACACUCUGUAUUUGUCCCGUGCAAUUCUAUGGACGUCAUUGUGAAUUUGAAAAGUGGCCAGCAGAUUGUCCUGGUGGUAUUCUAAAUGCUGAAUGGGUAAUUAGAGAUUGUUCAUUAUGCAGAUGUUUAUCAGGAGAAUUAUACUGCUUGCUCCCUGUUCCAGAAUGUGGUAAGUAA